AUGUCCUAUCCGCUCUUCGCUGUCGUCUCCCUUGUCUCUCGGCUCCUUUUGGUCUCGCGUCUGCGCUCCGGUCUGCUCCGGGGUCCGCGCCGUCACGCGUCUCUCCCAGCUCUAGACACCCUGUCGCGUUUCCACUCUUCCUCUCCUGCCCCUAUCCUCUUCUCGGCUUCUAGCGUGGCCGCCGGUGCAUGCGGCUGUCUCCGUCCUCCAGGCAGUGUCGUCAGCGCCCACAGCGUCAAAGUCUUGCCUGCUGGCCAGUCGGGCUCUGUGACGGCCUCUGAGGAGCAACGGACCGCCUGGUGGCUCCAACUCAGGGACGAGCUUCGCGCGCAUGCACACGCCCUCCAGUGCGACGCCAUCAUCGGCUACGACGAGGCGGCCUGCCGGUGCGGCUCGGUGCUUCUGCUCGUCUGCUUCGGCACAGCAGUGCGUCUCCUUCCUCUCCCUCGGCCUCUCGCGGCCGCGCCUGUCUCUGCGUCGGGAACCCUGGCGCCGUGCCGACCUCGCCUGCUCGCCAACGGCUGUGGAGGCCACGCCGCCGCGUCUCUCGCUCCCGCACUCGCCUAUUCUGCGCACGCCCUACGUGCUCCAGGCGGUCGUCCCACGCCAGCGCUCGGCCCUCAUCACUGCGCUUCUGCUCUGGCCUCCGCGUCUCGGCCAACGUCCUUGAUCUUGCCAGUCUCGCCCAGCUUAGGGCCUGCCGGGUUGGCGGAGUCGCCUGACGCGCCUCCACGCCCUCCCGCUUUCAGGGUCACUGAGCCUUCGCAUGGGGCGCCUCCGCCUCAGCCCGCGGAGGCCUUUGCACCUUCGCCUGCAUAUUUCCCUGUGGCGACAGACGCGCCCAGCCUGCCGCCUCGCUUUCCCGGUGACUCCCGCCCUGCUCGGGCCUCGGCCGCUGUGCCUGCCUCAGAAGCUGGGCCGGCACGACUCGGCGGGGUCGUGCGCCAGCUCCCGUGUUUGGCCGAGGCAGCGGCUGUCUAUGGACGGGAGCAGGGAGUGAGCGGCCGGACGCGAGAGGCUUGGGACGCGACGAGAGGCAGACACGCGCGAGACGCGUGUGACAGCGACGACGAGAAGGCCAUUCCCGUAUCGUCCUUGUCGCCGGAACCGCGCAUCGAUCUCCUUCCGGUUUCUCUGCGUGCAGCGACAAAUCGCCUGCCGGACCCCGAUGGCCGAGACGGUUUCGAGGACGGUCCCCUCUUUGAGGGCGAAGGCCGGAAGCGAAGCCGCGACAGGGAGAAGAAGCGAGAGCGACGGCGAGGGAGAGAGGGACACUCCGGGACUGGACGGGACGGGUUUUUGCUUGAAGCGCGAGGAGACAAACCCCGAGACAGGAGCGGCGAGCGACGUUCGCGAGAGGCCGAAAGCGGGAUGUCCCGCACGCCUGCGUCGUGCCGACCCCGCUCGUCGCCAGACGAUCCAUCUGGUUCGAGACUUGUGAGCGCCCGCACACGGAAAAGGGUUCGAGAUGAGAGUGCAGCAGGCCGACGACGCCACGCAGCCCAUCGGCAACGCGUACCGGCCCUGCUGCCGUGCACGAUGGUCCAUUGCCCCGCCUCGAUAUUUGUGCCGGCUGCUGCGCUGGCCUCAGCUACCGGCGCGUCCGAAUCAGGCAAAGGCUACUCCCCGCCAUCAGCGUCUCCGUUCGGUGUGGCCGAUCCUGUGGGAGGCCUCUGCUCUCCCGCGGCGAGUGGUGGCUUCCCUGGCGAGGCAGGGACUGCAAAAGAGGCUGCCUUCGCUCCCGCCGCUGGCCACCAACGGAAGGCAGCCGUUAUCUCGGCGCUUUCCGCGUUCCAUCCUUCGUCGUCGGUGUCCCGCGCCCAGCCGUCGCUCCGCGCCGGGACGGUUUUCCCGCCUCAAGAGACACCCCGCCGAGGCGUACAUACACCUGAGGCGUCGGUGCCCCGGAGUCGGCUCUGCCGGAUGUGCGGAGCCGGCGUGGUUCCCGAAAUCCUUCUCUCGACCGUCGAAGUCCCUGAUGGCCUUCCAGUGCUCUGUCGCUCGGCGCCCCUCCGAGUCCAGGUCUGUCGCACCUUUCCAGCGGAGGAUAGCGACUCGAGUUCUCGCUCCUCCUCUUCCUCCUCCUCGUCAUCGUCCUCUUCUUCGCCUUCGCCCGCUCGCCGACUGGCUGAAGACCGCACGCUGGCGCGAGCGGGAAGCGCGAAACGGACAGGCAAAACGGCGCCGGCGGACAGGGAAGGCAUCGAGCCGGUGAAGCAGAAGCAGAUGCGCGCGGGAGGCGACGCCGAGGGCGGGGGCCUGCCGCCGGAGCGCCAAGAUCAUAAAUUGUCUCACGAGCGGGAGAAACGGAAAGCCCGCUUGCGGCGGCAGAACACCGACUCGGGGCAGCGAACGCGGGGAGCUGGCAGCGCCGCACCCAAAGCGAAGAAACGCACGUUUUUCCGCCGCCUUUUGAGUUUCGCGGCUUUUAAAGGGUCGGAUUCCGACUCGAGUCGUGCAUCGAAAUGCACCCGGAACUGGUCGCCUCCAGCGAAAGACCGCCACAGGCCAGCGGCCUCAUCGAGACAGGAGACAGCCAAAGGCCAUCGAAGGAAGGAGAACGGUCGCGUGCGGACGGAGACGCGCCGACGCCGAGGCGAGUCGUCCUCCUCUUCUUCGUCCUUGUCGUCUCCCGAGCGCACCAAGAAGCACCGCGGAGGCAGCAAGGCCGGAGCCCGGCCCCUCCGUCCCCGCGGCUUCGAGAGGAAACUGCAGACGGCCGACACAGCGCUCGCGUGUUUGGUGUCCGAGGCGCUGCCGUUUCUGCUUGUGGACCUGCACCAGAUGCUCGUUUUGAAGGUGCGCAUGCACGGCUUCAACGCUGUCUUUGGGCUGCGUCUGACCUACGCGGUUGGCGGGAGGGCCCUGAUUGCCGAGGCGAUUGGGACAGGCCUCGUGCUUCUGCCGCUGCCGCCUCCCGGCCGCCUGGUGAUUCGCAAAUCGCCCUUCUGCGGGAGUCUGCGAAAGCGCCUGAACGCGUUGAAGGAUGCGCGCGAGCGAGAGGAAGCGCAGGCCGAUCGGGAGUCGAGACGCCGGAGACGAGCAGCGAAGCGAGAGAGACAGCAGCGAAGGCGAGAAAGGAGGAGACUGCUGGAGCUGGAGGGGGCAGAGCGCGGCGCCGAGGAGGACGAUGCCGAGGCGGGGCGGCAGAGGCGCAACAGCGAGAGACGCCAAGAAGCGGAGGAAGGAAAGGACGGAGAGCGACGACGCGCUGGCCGCGAAGGUUUCGUUCCACGCUCAGUAUCGCCCGUGUCGUCUUUGUACCUAGACGAUGCAGAGGGGGAAUCAGCCACAGAGGGCGAGAAGGAAAAGGCGGAGCGUUCGCCAGAAUGCGAGCCCUCAAAGGCUGCCACAGAGAUGGCAGGAAACGGAGACGGGGAACGCAGUGAGCGACGCGAUCUGCCGUCGCCGACGCACAGCCGCCGACUGCGUUUUUCCUCCUCCGUCGGGCAGACGGGCGACACCGAGGACCCCGACAAGAAGCCGGGGAUGGUGGCGAAUCGGGAUGAGUAUGCGCGGGAGAAGAAGAGGCGCAAGUUCCGGUUCUUCUUUUCGAAGAGGACAGAGCGCGAGUCGUCUUCAGAAUGCGAAGACGCGGACGAGAGCGUCAGGGCGGGACGAAACUUCGGCUGGCACUCGUUGUCAGCUCGGCGUGCGUGGCGCCGAGAGAAAGACGAGGACUCGGACUCGUCGUCUGAGUCGUCCUCGUCCUCGUCUCUCUCUUCAUCUGAGAAAAGCUACUCGUCAUCCAGCUCCUCGGUCUCUUCCUUCCGCCGUUUCUUUCGGCACCGCCACCCUCACAGCCAGUCCCGCGGGUUGUUCCGUCCGACGCGGCGACACCCGUUCCUGUCGCUAGCUCACGGGCGCCUUCAUCACCGUUCCUCGUCUUCUCUGUCCUCAUCGGCGUCUUCCUACUCGUCCUCCUCCGCCUCUUCCUCGUCCACUUCCUCGUCUCUCUCCACCCUCUCCUCGCGCUCUUCUUCGUCCUCAGACUCCCUCUCUUCGUCUCUCUCGACCUCUUCGCUGUCGUCGUCCUCCUCUUCCCGACGCCGCUCCGCUCCUUCGCCCUUCCUGUCUUUCGCGCGAUGGACUCGCGCUGGAAGCGGCAGAGACGCAAAAGCAUCGCCUCAACACUUUCACCUCUCCGACGCGCCCUACUCCGCCCCGCCGUCUCCUGCAGUCUCGCCCUCCCGCCCCACAGCCGCCAGGCCGCGCGACGGGCCAGGACAUGCGGACCUCGUUCCAGCCGCCCCCACUUUGGGGACCAUCCCUGGCUCUCCGCCGCUGUCUCCUGGGCAAGAAGGAGAGGGAGCCCUCGGCGACCGCGCGGAGGAAAGCGAUGGAGGGCUGGAGUCCGCAGGCGGGCCUCGGCCUAUAUUCGGGUCGUUCUCCUUCGCGGGCCGCAGCGGCUCCAGUUGUGCGGAGUCUGCAAGGGCGCCGGGAGGGCCUCACAACUCCUCCAUAGACGCCAAAGAGGCUGGGAAAGAAGGCGAGCGGGGCGAAGACGAAAGAGACCCGGAACGGGGACGAGACGAGACGAGGAAGGAGUCAGGGCGGGACACCGUUAGGGACGACCAGUUGCCAGAUCGCGCAGCGGAAUGGGAAAGACGGAGACGGCGAGAACGACGGAUGACACGGCAAGCGAGAAGAGCAGACAAGAGGCUGAAGGCAAAGAGGAAAGACGAAGCGAUUGCACACGACAUAGAAGACUUGAGUAUUCGGAGCUGCGCUCAGAACGAUCUCUGGUCGGAAAUCGCCUAUUACCACGGUGACGCAAUAGGCCUUGCUCACGCGAACCGCCGUUUCCGGGGACCGCGUCCCCGCGCCCAGAUGCGCGAGAGCGCUGGAGACCGCGCCUCAGGGGCCAACGCGCCCCAGCCUGGUCCCUCGCUGUAUCCCUUCCUUCUGCUCCCCCUCAGCAGUGCUCCGGCUUCACGCGGCGUCACCGCGUCGCCGCGUCUUUCUGGCGAUCUCUGCCGGCCGAAGGAAGAGGCACGAGUCCCUUGCUUUUCUGCCUCGGCGUCGCCGCUUGUCGCCCCUUCUGGGGCUGCCUCUUUCGAGCGGCCUUGCCUCCUUCCUUCUUCCCGAGUCGAUGUCCCAGCCACCGCGCCGUGGGCGACAGCCGGGGUGGGCGGCUCUGUCUCGGGCGGGCGCGGCGGUGGAGCCGAGAGCAGCGAGGCUGUCAGUGAGCGCGGCGUCUUUGCGCUUCUGAGAGACAGUGAGGAGCGGGACAGGCAGAGAGACGAGAACGUCUCGACAGGGUCGCAUCUCCACUCAGCUGUCUCCGUUGAUGCCCCAAGUGGCCUGGCCGCCACCGCCGGAGGCCAUGACCCUACCGGAGACAACGGCAAACGCGAGGACGUCGAUGUCUCUUCCAGCUUCGAUCGCCAAGCCGGGAGGCCUGGUGGACUUCUCCAGGAGCGUCGAGCUUCAUUCGGCGGCAGCCGACAGGCACUCCUGUCUCUCGUUGACAAGACGCCGACGUACCCAACGCUGACCUCUGCAGCCCUGGCGGCUCUCGGUCCCUGGGGGGCUGGGCGAUGCGCGCGGCGACACAAGAAUCAGAGGAUUUUUGUGUUCAGCGUGGACGACGAAGUGGACGAGGUGCGCCUGCGCAGUCUCCAUCGACAACGCCAUCUGGAGGCGACAGGCUGUAGCGUCGGAACUCUCGCGCUCCUUCCUGGGUACGCCUACCGCAGCCUGAGGCUUGGAAGGGAUCCCAGCGGCCAGCCCUUCCUGGGGGACUCUGUGGGUCUGUCGUUUGGGCCCCGCGCUCCGCGCCGGGGCGCGGAGACAGCUAGGGACGCGCCGGCCGAGGCCUGGGCUGACGAAGGCGUCAGCGCGGAACAAGUAACAGCGGAGAGAUCGGGAGGGAGUGAGAGAGGUCCUCACAGUGGCGCUCAGCAGCAGCGGAGAAACGACGAAAAGAAUCGGACACGCAGGAUGAGUAGGGCAGUUCUAGGUCCACGCAUGCAGGCACCAGUUUCACAUGCCCUUGCGCCGCUUGUUUCCAUACGGCGAAAAGUUGUCCUCUCCUCCAAAAUCCUUCGGUCCUCCGAUGCCCUCAGCAAGGAGCUGCAAAAGGCCUGGGACUCGGCGCUCAGUCAGCUCCUCUUCGAGCCGCUGUUGCGGUGCAGUCAGGAGACCUGCGAGAUCGCUCUUACGGGGUUGACCCAGUCUCUGUCAUUCGCCAAGGACAACUCCUUGUACCUCUCGCUGUCGGGGCAAAUUCUUCCCCUGCUGCCUCUGCCGGUCUCGCCCUCGCGCAGUGUAGAGGAAAGGCCUUCAGGCCCCGUGUUGCCCUCUGUCUCGCCUCUUCCGGCCUCGCUCACUGAUCUCUCUUCGCACCGGCCCGAGCGAGAGGCACCCCUCAAGAACUCUGUGAAUCGUGGGUCGUCAUCGGGAGCGGUUUGGACCGCCGGUGGGUCCCAGUCGUUUUCCGCGCUUCCAACGGUCCCGCCCACUUCCUUGACGGCUUUGGACACUCAGUCGCAGUGGUUUGACCUCUCGUUGGCUUCUCUCACGAAAGAGCCGUCCGCGUCCGCUGCCGCUCACGCAGAGCGGCCACCCAACUCCCUGGCAGGAGCUUCGUUUGCAACCCUAGCGAUGUAUUCUUCACCGCCUCAUCCUUCAUCGCUUCUUGCCACAGAGAGGAGGGAACCGUCAACCGGGCGGACCCCGGCGCAUGCAGGCAGUCCCUCACGGUGUGUGUCACCUCCGUCUCGCGGUCGUUCCGACGCACCUGGCGAAGGUCACGCACUCCAGAGCCUGCACGAGGGGACCCAGGAGAGGUUUCCGCAGAUCCUCGGAUGCCGCGAGAGAGAUUCUAGACUUUCGCCCUCGAACGAGAUGCCCGAGAUGCCCCGGUGCGUCCUGCGACAGGCGGAGACACACACCAUGGCGUUCUAUCCGAAAGGGCCAGAAGAGCAUUCACCCGGAGGAAAUCGAUCAGGUGUCUCUCGCCCCCCUUUCAGUGCUUCGGCGGGAAACGGAGGCGCGCUGCAGGCCUCUUCGCGGCACAGCGCAGCGAGUGACCGUCGACAGCCUUCUCUCCAAGCUUCGGCUUCUCGAGCAGAAUCACGCGCCAAGGCGGGCAUGCUCCCAGGUGACGUCUCGUCGCCUUCUCUCGAGUUGCAUGCGCGAGGGCCUGCGCCACCCGAAUCAAAGACCCACAAGCGAGGCAUUCACCAGCUGGUGGCGCACCUGUCUCCCUUCUCUCUGCAUCAUCCGAGAUCUCGGCAGCCGCAGCCACAGGGCCCUAUGGACGACGCGAGGAAGGGAGAGGCGAGUCUGGGGCGAUCCGCAGCCCCGAGGGACUGUGGGGCAUCUCGUGCGGGCGGAGACUCGAGUGGGCUCCCGUGCCUGUCUCCGCCGUCUCUGGGGGAAGGCGAAGCGAGCCAGGAACGUUUUUCUGCCCGGGUGCCUUGGUCCCAAAAACUACAGCAGGUUUCGCAUCUUGCGCCUUCCGAGAAGAUGGGGCCUGCCUCGCAAACGCGGGAUAUUCGGCACGGAGUGACACGCGAUGGCGUGUAUCGCAGAGAAGAACGCCGGAACAGCUCUUCGGAGGACGCGGCCUCCGGGCGGAGCCCAAACGCCUCCAGGCACAACGUCGAGUCCCGAACCUACCAAGAAGGGGCCUCCAGUGAUUCGAUGCCUAGGCGAAUCGAGAUGGGGGUUGCGCCUGAAACCCUUGACAUAAGCAGCGAGGGUGACGGUGUGGGCGCGCGUAGCAGAGACUUCCCAGGCUCGGAAGGCAGCCGUUCGUUGAACCGUGUUGCCAGGCCUGUGGCAUCUCCAUCCGGUCUCGGACGCGAGGCGCCCCCCGGCGGGGCGCGCCAGCGGCACCCCAAUCCCCUCCUGCCUUCCCACGCCGUCCUGCGCAGUUUCCUGGGUCGGCUGUCAUCUCAACAAGAGCAGGCGAAACGCCUUCUCGAGCAUCCGCUCCUCGCACCAGAAACUAUGUUCGAAGCGCACGUGUGUGGCGUCCUCCCGGCUGCCUUCCUCGGGAAAGAGAAAAGGCAAUCGGAGUCGGGUGCCUGGGGAGUCGAGGGAAGAGAGAAACGGCCAGAUGCGGCGUGGACCGCCUGGGAAGAGGACAGGCGAUUGGGCAAGACGACGUUGCAUACGCAGGAUGAAACGCCCUCGGAUGAUGACGUCCUGGUCACCUCUCUUCCAGCGCUGCCAGGAUGCCGCGUCUUGCGACACCUCGGAUUGGUGUCAGUCCACCUCGUGCAGGACGCAAGCGCCUAUCACAGUCGUCAGGAGCUCACUGCGGCUCUCCAUUUUGCUGCGCUUCGCGCUGCCAAGGCACGGUGCAGGGCACUGGGAGGGAAUGUCCUCUUCGCCUCACUCUUCCAGUGGAACAUGAUCGAGGAAGAGCGGCUUCAAUCCUUCGCCGUCCUCACAUUCGCUGGAGAUGCUACGUUCGCGUUCUUCCACCGGUGCGGCACGUGUGAAGAGGAGCCGGAAUGA